AUGGGAUUUCCCUUUGUUGGAGAGGCAUUUGGCUUUUUUACCUCUCAUAAAUCAUUUUCCAUUGGUAGCUUCUUGCAAGAACGUCGAUCAAGGUAUGGGAAAGUAUUCAAAUCCUAUAUGUUUGGGUCACCAACUAUAGUUUCGUGUGACUUAGAACUCAACAGAUUUGUGCUUCAAAAUGAAGGCAGAUUGUUCCAAAGCAGUUAUCCAAAACCUGUGAGAGACAUUCUUGGUAAGCAUUCCCUGUUACUUAUCACUGAUGUUGAACUUCACAAAAAGCGGCGGAGCGUUCAACUCGACCUCAUCAACAAAUUCAAGUGCACACCAAAUUUUCUUGAUGAUGUUGAUAAGCUAUGUGUUUCGUUAAUGGAAUCAUGGAGAGGAAAUAAACUAGUCCUCUUCGCAAAUCAAGCUAAAAAGUUUACCUUUGAUCUCAUGUUGAUGAAUUUGUUGGGCAUGGAACCGGGGGAACCACUUGGUUUACAGUUAUUACAACAUUUCCUCACAUUCAUGGAAGGCUUUGUGUCCAUUCCAAUUAACCUUCCUUGGACACCCUAUGCCAAGGCCGUCAAGGCUCGUACAAGAAUUUCAUCCAUCUUGAAACAAGUAUUAAAAGCUAGGGAACAUGAUGAGAUUUUAUUGAAAGGAGAUUUAAGUGAUGAGGAGAAAGCUAGCAUUUUACUAGACCUUCUACUUGCAGGUUAUGAAACAACCUCAGGACUUUUGUCCCUACUCAUUUACUUUCUUGCUCAAUCACCACAAGCCCUUAAAAAAUUGAAGGAUGAACACCACGCAAUAAGGAGAAAGAAAAAGGAGGGGGAACCUCUAAACUGGGAAGAUUAUAAGCAAAUGAAAUUCACCAUUAUGGUUAUAAAUGAGACUCUACGUUGUGGCAACGUGGUGAAGUUUGUUCACAGAAAAGCUAUCAAGGGUGUAGAAUUUAAAGGAUAUCAUAUUCCAGCAGGAUGGAAAGUACUUCCAAUACUAUCUGCUGUACACCUUGAUCCAUCGUUGCAUGAAAAUCCAUCAGAGUUUAACCCUUGGAGAUGGAACGAUCCAGCCACAAGUAAGAAGGUGAUCACAUUCGGGGGUGGAUCGCGGUUGUGUCCUGGGUCGGAGCUUGGUAAACUAGAAGCUGCUUUCUUCCUACACCAUCUUGUCCUCAAUUACAGGUGGACAAUGAAAGAAGAUGACUAUCCAACAUUGUACCCAUAUAUGGACUUCCCAAGAGGAUUACUCAUAGCUUUGGAGGCAGAAACAACCAAAUUUUAA